UUCCUGGGGCCGUGGGCAUCUCCCAGCUCUUACCCCUGGACUCCCAGACUGCCAGGGUCCCUUCUUCCAAAGCUGGGUCGCCUAAGGCCUAAGCCCCUGGAAAGAAGAAGGAAGGUUGACUUCAGAUACACCCCAGCCCCGCCUCUUCCCCCCACCGCCACCAGCUCAGCUUCCUCUCUCUGCGAGGAACACUUUCACUUCCUGCUACUCCAGGCCUCCCCUAUGAGAACAGGUAGGGGCCCCCAGGGACCAAGCAGCUGGCAUCGUCACCCUCCACUGCCUCCCUUUGGUAGCCAGCAGCUACCCCCAUCCUGCCCUACCCAGCACCAUCCUUGUCCCCCUCUCCUGAGACCCAGGGAAGCCCCUGGGAGCAGAGGCCUGUUCUAUCCAUCACCCUUUCCCCAGAGGCCAGACUAUGGCCAACCGGCCGCCUGCAUCCUGAGGAUGGCCCAGCCGGAGGACAAAGCCUCAGCAGGCCCCACAGACUGGGAAAGAUUGGUCCCAUCACAGGCAAAUAGAGCAGGUGAGACACCCCUAGGGAUCCUCAGGACCCCGGAGACACUCCUUCGCCUGCAGAGGACAUGGGGGGUGUGGCAGAUCCCAGAGCUGGAUGCCCAGGAUGCAAAAGCCCUUCUGAAGCUGUGGCCACCAGGGAGUUUCCUGGUCAUAGGACAUGACCCCAGCCAGGUCCUGGUGUUGAGGACAGGAUCUUCACCAGGGGAAGUCAACACAUACCGGAUCCGGAAACUUCCUGGAGGUGUGUCUCUGGAAUCCUCUAACCUCUGCAUGCCAGACCUACCCCAUCUCCUGGCCUUCCUAUCAGCCAGCAGGGAUGUUUUGCCCAGAACACUGCUCUUGCCCCCUCUCACUCUAGAGCCUGUGGACCAGCACACAGACACUCCGCAGACUGGCAGCAGCCAACUCAGCACCUCAGGGAGGGUGCUCUUCGUGGUGAACAAGCUCUACCUGGAGACCCACAGAACGUGGGGGAUGGAGCAGAUGCCCCCAGAGACACCUUCAGAGACUGCUGAGAGACCUGGUCCAGCCCCCAGGAACCCAGCCCCUCACCGGGUCUCCUGGGUGGAAGGCCCACUCAGCCCAGAAGUACAUCAUCCGGGGCCACCUCUGGCCAGCCUGGUGGAGGAGAAAGAUGAAAAGGAAGGACCUGAGGAUGUGCUCACCCAUCACAUCCGGGUUCUAGCCAGGACCCGAAGCAGCUACGUGGCCAGGCAGUUCCGAGACCUUCGGGCACGCCUCAUCUCAGGUGCUGGGGGUCCCCACAGGCCUGGGGACCCUGUCACAGAGCUGCUUCAGGAUGUGCGGCACCUCCUUACAGACCUCCAGGAUCACUUAGCAAAGGACCCUGAUGUCAGGGCUGUCUUUGAGAGCAGGGGCCCUGCGGCCCCCCAGAAGGACGAGGACCUUGGCACCGCAGUGGAGGCGGCCUUGUGCCGGGCAGUACUGGCACCGCUGAAGCCUGCCCUGUGGACUCGACUCCGCACGCUCCGCGCCCCAGAGCUUCGGCAACUGAGGCGGCGACAAAUAGCCCUGCGGGCAGGGGCGGGGCCUCCAGGAGCUCAAGGGGCGGGGCGUGAGGGGCGGAGCCCCGCCCCCGCCCUACGGAGCCGCAUCCAUGCGCGCCUAGCGCACCUCCACGCAGCCUGCGCCCCACGCCGCAAGGUGUCGCUCCUGCUGGCGGUGUGCAGUGACGUCUACGCGGGCCUGGCUCGGGGUGAGAACCAAGAGCCCUUGGGGGCCGACGCCUUCCUGCCAGCACUGACAGAGGAACUGAUCUGGAGUCCAGACAUUGGGGAGACGCAGCUAGACGUGGAGUUUCUCAUGGAGCUCUUGGAUCCGGACCAGCUACGGGGAGAAGCGGGGUACUACCUGACCACGUGGUUUGGAGCGCUGUACCACAUUGCCCACUACCAGCCCGAUGCGGGCCGCGCGCCCCAGGGGCUCAGCUCUGAGGCCCGGGCCUCCCUGCGCCAGUGGCACCGCAGGCGAACGCUGCACAGACAGAGCCACGCCGGACCCCAGGCCGAGCUGCCCUUUGAGGAACCGUGGGCGGCGAUGACUUUGCAAGAGACCAGUGAUGAUUAGGGAUCUCAAACCUUUCUGCUCCCCAAGCAAGAUUCGCGAGGCACCUAGGAAGGCACCAACUUCUGACACCUGUGGUUUAGAGGCAGCAAGAAGGAAGAGGGACCACUGAGCCUUUGCAUUUGGCUAGUCUUGCUUCCUGGAAUGCUCUUCCCGAAUACCCAUACUGCUCCUUCCCUCCCUUCCUCAGGUCCUUAGGCGGAUGUCACCUUCUCAGUGAGGCUCUCUCCCAGACACCCCUGCCUAAAACUGCAGGUUCUCUGGCUUGACUUUCCCUGUGGCAGACAGAAUGAUGCCCCCCACCAAAAUGUUCACUUCUUAAGCCCCAGAAUCUGUGAAUAUGUUACCUUACUGGUAAAAGGGAUUUAUACAUGUGAUUAAAUUAAGGAUCUUAAGAUGGGGAGAUUAUCCUGGUUUCAGGUGGGUUCGAUAUAAUCCUCAGGCUCCUUAUAAGAGGGAGGCAGGAAAGUCAGAAGAAGAGGGAGAGAUAUGAUUUUGCACACAGAGGUCAGAGAGAUGUGACCAGGAAUCAAAGCAUGAAGACACCCUCUAGAAACUGAAAAAGACAAGGAAUUAAUUUUCCCCUGGAAUCUCCAGAAGGAACUCAGACCCUUAAGGCAUAUUUUGGACAUCUGACCUUUAGAACCACAAGAUAAUAGUAUUUUUUAAGCCACUAAGCAGCGCUAGGAAUGUAGUAUAUUCCCUUACCCUGACCUUUUUUUUUUUCCCAUAGAAACUCUCACUUCCUAAAAUACCAUGUAAUAUACUUAUUUAUUGUGUUCAUUGUUCAUAAUCUUCUCCUUCCCCUUAGAACAGCACUGUAAAAUAGAAAUAGAUAUAAUUCUAAGCAUUCUCCGUAGCCUCAUUUAAAAGUGACUAAAAAGAAACAAGGGAAAUUAACUUUAAUAGCAUAUCUGAUUUACCCCAAUAUAUCACUUCAACAUCUAAUCAGUAUUUUAAAAUUAGUGAGAAACUGAACAUUCUUUGCGUGUGUGUGCUAAAUCUUCAAAAUCCAGUGUGUAUUUUGUCCUUCAGUGUAUCUUAAUUUGGACUAGCCCCAUCACAAGUGUUCAAUAGCCACCCAGGGUGUGUAGCUAUUAUUUGAGACAGUGCAGUCUUAGAAUGUCAGCUCCAGAAGGCUAGAUAUUCCUGUUUUGUUCAUAGCUGUAUCCUCAGUGCUUAGACAAAUACCCAGAACACAGUAGGCCUUCAGUAAAUACUUGCUGACUGAUUCAAUGAACAAAGCUUCUGUGGUAGGCUGCAAAUGGCUCCCCCACAGAUAUUCAUGUCCUAAUCUCUAGAAUCCAUGAAUAUUACCUUAUUUGGAAAAGAGUCUUUGCAGAUGUUAUCAAAUUAGGGAUCUUAAAAUGGAGAGAUUAUUGGGCUGGUAGGGGGAGGAUUCUAAAUGCAAUCACAUGUGUCCUUUUAAAAGGAAGACAGAGGAAAAUUUAGCACAAACAGGAGAAGGUGAUGUGAAGACAGGAGAGAUUUGAAGACCUUGGCCUAGCAGAUUGGAGGGAUGUGGCCAUAAGCCAAGGAAUGUCAGCAGCCACCAGACACUGGAAGAGGCAAGGAACAGAGUCUCAAUGAAGGCAUGAACCUUGAUUUCAGCCCAGUGGUACCAAUUUCUGACUUCUGGCCUCCAGAACUGUAGGAGAAUAAAUUUCCGUUGUCUUAA